AUGCCUGCCUCCACGUUCGUGAUCCUCAACACUGGCGCUAAGAUGCCGACCGUUGGUCUCGGCACUUGGAAAUCUCGUCCCGGUGACGUUGAGCACGCCGUCGAGUUCGCCCUCAAGAGCGGCUACAGACACAUCGACACCGCCGCGGCAUACGGCAACGAGCGGGAGGUCGGCGAGGGCAUCAGGGCGUCCGGCGUACCACGCGAGGAGAUCUUCCUCACGACGAAGCUGAACAACCCUGACCUUAAGUAUCCCGAGGCCGCGCUUGAGUCGUCGCUCACGAACCUCGAGACUUCCUACCUUGACCUCUGGCUGAUGCACUGGCCCGCACCUAUGAAAAACGGCAAGGCCGACAAGUCGCACAACUGGAUCGAUACCUGGCUCGCGAUGGAGAAGAUCUACAAGGCGCACCCGGAGAAGGUUAGGGCGAUCGGCGUGUCCAACGUCUCCAUCAAGUUCUUCGACCAGCUUCUUGAGAAGGCGGACGUCAUCCCCGCGGUCAAUCAGAUUGAGCUGCACCCCUCGUGCAUGCAGGAGGAGCUCGUCCAGUACUGUGUCUCCAAGGGCAUCUCUGUGACCGCUUAUUCGCCUCUCGGCUCGGACGGGUCCCCGCUCCUCACAAAUCCCGUCGUCACGAAGCUCGCGGAGAAAUACAAGGUCACUGCUGCAAAUGUGCUCGUCUCGCUGCAGGCAAACCGCACGUUUGUCACCGUGCUACCCAAGUCCGUGACUAACGAGCGCAUCCUUGCGAACAAGACGAUUAUCGACCUCAGUCCUGAGGACGUCGCGGAGCUCACCGCGAUCGAGAAGGACCACCACUUCCGCGCGUGCGCGCCGAACUGGACUGGUUGGGGCAGUCUCGGCUUCCCUGACUGCACUGACGAUUAA